UACUGCAUAUUCAUGAGGGCCAGUCAGGCGGCGGCAGCGGCAUUGGGGGAGCGGCGCAUGGAGGGCUAAGCCAGGCUGGUGGGUGGGGGUCACUGCUGACAUACUGCCCGACAGCCUGUGUGGGCGCUAUACGCUGAGUGACGCACACGCAGGGACUCUCCAGGUGAUAUCCAGGCGGCCUGCGGGGAGAGGAGAGCAGGGGAGCCGAGCGGCACCUGGUGACAGGCCCAGACACUGACACAGGGCUCCCAGCUAUUUGUGGAUGGUCUUAUUCCUGGGAUUAUUUGCAUAAUUGGGGCAGAGUGAAAGCCAGUACCCGGGGGAGGAGGAGGGCAGGGAAGGGCACCGCUCAUAUAAAGCCUGGGAUCUGCAUUGACAAGGAGAGUGUGAGAGCCAGCCAGGGGCGCCCUCUGUAACCCACCCCCCAAUCCCUGCUCCUCUCCCUCCUGUGUGCAGGGGACAAGAAUGAGAGAGAAUGAGCCAGAGAGACACCUUGGUGCAUCUGUUUGCUGGAGGAUGUGGGGGCACUGUUGGCGCGAUAUUGACAUGCCCGUUGGAAGUUGUGAAGACAAGGUUGCAGUCGUCAUCCGUGACCCUUUACAUUUCUGAAGUUCAGCUGAACACUAUGAAUGGUGCCAGCGUUAACAGGGUGGCAAGAGUAUCUCCUGGACCACUGCAUUGUCUCAAAAUGAUCUUGCAGAAGGAAGGUACCCGUUCCUUGUUCAGAGGACUGGGCCCUAAUCUAGUAGGCGUAGCUCCUUCCAGAGCCAUCUAUUUUGCUGCAUACUCCAGCUGUAAGGAAAGGCUGAACCACGUGUUUACAGCAGAUUCCACGCAGGUACACAUGGUCUCUGCCGGCACUGCAGGUUUCACCGCAAUUACAGCCACCAAUCCUAUUUGGUUAAUUAAGACUCGACUGCAGCUUGAUGCAAGAAAUCGCGGUGAAAGAAGAAUGAGUGCUUUGGAGUGCAUUCAAAAAGUAUAUCAAGUUGAUGGCCUUAAGGGUUUUUACAGGGGAAUGUCUGCCUCUUAUGCUGGCAUCUCUGAAACUGUCAUCCAUUUUGUAAUUUAUGAAAGUAUUAAGCGAAAACUGCUGGAACAUAAGGUUGCGUCAGCCAUUGAUGAUGAGGAUGAAUCUGUAAAAGAGGCUUCAGACUUUGUUGGACUAAUGUUGGCAGCAGCAACUUCCAAAACAUGUGCCACCUCCAUAGCCUACCCACAUGAGGUUGUACGAACGAGGCUACGUGAAGAGGGGACAAAAUACCGAUCCUUUUUCCAGACAUUGUCACUGGUUGUCAAAGAAGAAGGCUAUGGAUCACUUUAUCGUGGCCUAACGACACAUCUGGUCAGACAAAUUCCUAAUACGGCGAUAAUGAUGUCCACUUAUGAGGUGGUUGUUUAUUUGCUAAAUGGAUAGCAGUCAUGAAAUUUUUUGUCUGUGAAGAAGAUAGGCGACCAAAAGGAUUGAAUGUGGACCAGACAGCACCAAUUCAAAAAAUGCUGGUGACCUCAAGAAAAGACUUAAAAGAGAAACCAUCACAAUGCAGUGCAACAGUAGCUGCUGAUUAUCUUUGAAGGUGGUCAGGAAAUCCCAAUCCUGCCACUGUUCUCGUGUAUGUGGUGUUUGUCCACAUGUGAGAUGCAACUGAGUGUGCCAGAAUAUGGAAUGCUUGUAAACCCCCUUUAUUUAAGAAUUGUUUAUUCUCUAAAGUUGUUGGAUUUUUUUUUUUUUUUUUUUCAACUCUAUCGAUCUUGGUAGUGUGAAAUAUAAGACAAGCAUAUCAGUCACCUCAUUUAGACUUUGGAAAUUGAUGUAGACACCAUUUCUACAGUUUAACUGUAAAUCAGAUGGAUUUUGUUAAAGGCGCACUUUAAGCACCAUGACCGCAUGGUACUUUUAGUGCCUCUUUAAGUUUUGCUUUAGAGCUCCCAUAUUUAGUAUGUUAAAUUAUUUCAUAAUGGUAAUCCAGACCUCUGUAAAUUGUUCAUUUUCUUUCUAUGUGAACCUGCCUGCUAUCCGAGAUGCAAUGCUCCAAAACAUGUUGCUGCACAGUUUACAUUCUAUUGUAUGAUACCCAGCCCUUUAUUGCCAAAAGCAAAAAACCCAUGUAGUUACAUAUGACUGGUCUAUAAUUGAAAUAAAAUCUUGCUAAAAUGUAUGACAUUGUUCUAUAAAAAUAGCCUCUAAAAUGGGCAUGUUUUGGAUAAUAACCUGCAGUCUGUAAAAUCUUGACUGUAAUCCAAAACAAAAUGAUGGGGAGGUGUAACUUUUUUAAAGUAGAGCAAUGAACCGUUACGUUGCACGGUUUUCAUUUGGAUUCUUCCAUUACAACUUUACAUUAUAAAUAAGUCAAAUGUCUUCUUUCUUACUUUUGUAAGUAGAUGAAGAA